AUGGAGCCUGCCUCAACAACGCCUGCGCAAACAUCGCAGCAGCAGCAGAAGCAAAGAAAGGCUCCGGCAAGAAAAACUGCGGCUCCUCAGAAAACUUUGGCACCGAAAAAGCGCUCCGCAGCUCCCGUUGAUGACGACAACGACAAGACGCCGCGAAACAAACGAUCAUGCACGCUUCGGAUCACCGUGAAUGCCGGCAGAGAGACACAAGGGUCAAAAGAAAACUGCGCGUGCCUGCACUGUGAAGUGCGGGUGGAAACGGCGAGAGAAAUGGGACUGAAAAUAGAGAGCACCAACAAGGGGACGGCAUCCGGCGAGGAGUGCCAGGCCUGCGAAGAAAGAGGCCUCCCAUGCAGUCUCGUCGAAUACGCCCAGGCGGGUGAGGGACAAAGGUACACUGAGAAACAGCUCGAAAAGGCGAAAGUGCGAGCCAAGUGGGAGCUGGCACUCGAGCAACAGCUGGAGGACAUGGAGACCAGGUGGUCGAAACAAGCGGAGGAUGUGGUCAGUCGCAGGGCGUUUUGCGACACGACGAGAAAACCCAAAACGACCGCCAUGAACGAAGCGAAUGAAGAAGUCCAGAAGUACCGGGCCGAGCAGAUCCAGAAGAUUGACGACGAUCUCGAAGAACAAAGAUCCACCACGUGGGCCAAGAUGUUAUCCGAUCUUCAUCACAAGCUACAGCUUGAGCACUCGGUGCGAUUGCGCGAGAAUCUGCAAUACUUGAACGACGAGGUCUCGAAGACCAGGGCCGCAAAACUGAACGCCGCGAAGGCCGAUGACCACAAAGAACUCCUUGCCUGGCGGAUGAAGAAGGAAGCCGACCUCGAGGAACUCAUGUCCCUCACGGAGAGAAAGAUGGGAGCCGAAAUAGAUGCCAAGCGGGCGAGGAUGGAAUCGGCGCUCGAGGCAGAAAGACAUCGACAGAUGACGGAAAUGCAUGACAAGGUCGAGUCGGAAAGGUCCACCCUGUUCAGUAGGUUGCUGGACGAGCUCCGCCAGGCCAUCGUGUCAACCAGGGCCAGGGAUGCAGAAAUUCCCCAGAAGAUACAGCAAUUCGAGCAAUGUCUCAACAGCUGGAAGAUCCAGAUCGAGGCGCAGGAGCGGACCCGUUUCGAGCAGUGGAGGAUUUCGAUGGAGAGUUAUGCGCAGACCGAACUGAAGGCACAGGUGGAGGCCAUGAGAGGCCUCAUCGUCUCCGACAUGACGCAGAGGAGCCAAAAUGCCCAGAUGGGCAAGCUGGUGAUGCACAUGGCUAAAAAGAUGAACCAGAUGGAGUCAAAGCAGACAACCUGGACGACCCAGGUGGAUCAGAAGUUGCAGUCGCAGCAGGAAGACCAGCAGACCAAGUUGGCCGAGCUCAUGGAACAGAUGGAGAAACAGGGGCACCAGGAGCACACGCCAGCGCCUACUACCGUCGACUCCCUCCUCGACGGUGCACCAGACCCGACUUCCACCGCAGCCACACUUACAGCCUUGUCGGUGUUCGACAAUGGCCCCCUCCCGACGGCUCAAAACAAUCCGUCCAGCACCACUCAGCCUGGCAGCAUUGCUGGGGAUGACUUGGGGACGAAAGGGGCCGACGACCUCAAUUCGUUUUACCAAACUCACAGCCACCAAUUUACAUUGACCUCGCAGCACACGCCUCCGAUGACCCAGUGGUUCGGACCCAUGUCCAACUUCACCGGGGUCGGAGCUGAUCAGAGACAACAACAUUCUUGGCCGAGGAACCAACAGAUGGCAGAUCAUCAGAUGUGGGCCCGAAACGCAGGGAAUGGUCGAACAAGAUACGCGGUGAACACAAAUGAGUCGUGGAAGGAGUGA